AUGAUGCCCAGAACCAGUUUUCGGGUGACAACGCUCUUUCUUGCAAUCUUUUGCCCGUUAACCGCGUCAGCGGCUGUAAGCGGUUGGCGCAAAGAUGUCACCAUUGACGCGCCGGUGACACGAUCAAGCGACGAGUUGAGAACCCUAUGGAAACGCCGACGAGGAGACAGCAGUGGCAGUGACAGCGACUCUGAUUCAGGCUCGAGCUCUGGAGGCUAUGGCUACGACGACUCUACGUCACUUGUAAAGCACACAGCGAAGGAUAUAUGCACUUUUACUCUGUGUGGAAUUGGAAAGAAACAAGCCUCGAAGGCGGCUAUACCCCAGGGCUCCGGCACACCACUUAGCUGGGACAACAGCUCCGGCUCCUGGAUCAGUCUCGACUUCUUGUGGUCCCCAGUCUCGAUGAUCCCGCCUACAUCUCCUACCUCGGCGUCGAACCCCAAGUAUUUCUCGACCUCCCCUACGACCCAGACCUGGGCCCCAUCCCAUUUUACAUUCUCUGGAGCGUGA